AUGAGGAAAAAUAGGGAAAGAGGGGUGUAAACAGGUCUGUUGUGUAUAUACACGUGCACGACAUUUCAACUCCUAAGUUUCUUUUCUAUGAUGGCAGUCUUAUUGAAAAAAACAAACAAACAAAAAGAAAUAAUAAUAAACUGCCAUGACAGAUUAGGCGAUCAGUGGAAAAGUUUUUUGGAUGUAACAAUUGUUGUGUUUCUGCAUACUGUGACAAAAUGACCACUAAGCCCAAAGUUUUUAUAGCUCCAGGAGCAGUUGUUUGCAAAGAUUGUGAAUUGCAAGGCGAAAUAACUAUUGGUAGUCGAUGUGUCAUACACCCCAAGGCUCGCAUUAUAGCUGAAGCAGGCCCAAUUAUAAUUGGUGAAUGUAAUUUAAUUGAAGAGCAGGUUCAAAUAUUAAAUGUGCAAAAAGAAAAUCCUAAUCCUGAUGUCCAGACUGUGAUGGUAAUUGGUACAAACAAUGUAUUCGAAGUUGGUGCAUAUGUGGAAUCUCUCAAAAUUGGAGACAAUAAUGUAUUGGAAUCCAAAUGCAAAGUUGGCAGGAACACUGAACUUACCACAGGAUGUGUUAUUGGAGCGAAGUGUGAAAUUACAUGUAAUGAAGUUAUUCCUGAAAAUACUGUGAUAUAUGGAUCACAAUGUGAAAGACGGUUGCAAUCCGAGAAGCCUUCACCUCAAACCCUGCAACUUGAAUUCCUGACAAAAAUUUUACCCAACUAUCACCACUUGCGAAAACCAACUCGUACCGAAGCUAAGUGAGAAAAACUCUGUGUAUAUGCUGUAUAUAAAACUGUUGAUCUUCAUUCAGAAUAAUUUUUGUAUGGCUAUGAAAAAUAAAUGUAUUUAAAUGUUAUAGUUCU